AUGCCUAGUGACCAGAAUGGAACCUGGGAGAUGGAGAGCAAUGACAACUUUGAAGGCUACAUGAAGGCAUUAGAUAUUGAUUUUGCCACCCGCAAGAUUGCCAAGCACCUAUCUCAGACAAAGAUAAUUAAUCAAGAUGGUGAUAACUUCAAGACAAAAACAAACAGCACAUUCCGGAACUACGAUUUGGAUUUCACUGUUGGAGUUGAAUUUGAUGAGCACACUAAAGGGCUGGAUGAUAGGCACGUUAAGACUCUAGUGAUCUGGGAAGGAGAUAAGCUGGUGUGUGUGCAGAAAGGAGAGAAGAAGAACCGAGGGUGGAAACAGUGGGUGGAAGGAGAUAGACUGCACUUGGAGCUGACAUGUGAAGACCAAGUAUGCCAUCAAGUAUUUAAGAAGAAGUAA